UAAUUAAUUCUCCGACACAAAUUAAAACUUCUUAAAAGAAAAGAUAUAGAAUGUAGGGAAAACAUUGAAUUCAGAAGCAAGUACACCAUGAAAGGGGAAGUAAGAAAACCACUCAUAACAAACAGUAACCCACACCAACAUCAUCAUCAUCAAGAAGAAGAAAAUGGGGUACAAAGAGGAAACAAAGAAAGCUUAUGGAUGGUUUACUUGAGUACUUUUGUUGCUGUUUGGGGUUCUUUUGAAUUUGGUACUUGUAUAGGGUACUCAUCGCCUACUCAAGCUGCGAUUACGGAGGAGCUCAAUCUAUCUUUAGCAGAGUACUCGGUUUUCGGCUCCAUUUUGACAAUUGGUGCUAUGGUUGGCGCAGUCACAAGUGGGUUGAUUGCUGAUUUCAUCGGGCGGAAGGGGGCAUUGAGAACAUCUGCUGCUUUUUGCGUUGCAGGAUGGCUUUCCAUAUACUUUGCAAAGGGGGCCCUGGCGCUCGACUUUGGAAGACUAGCUACAGGAUAUGGCAUGGGAGUUUUUUCCUAUGUGGUACCUGUUUUCGUUGCUGAAAUAUCUCCCAAGAAUCUUCGAGGUGCCUUGACAGCAUUGAAUCAGGUUAUGAUUGCCUCUGGAGUUUUUGCUUCAUAUUUGAUGGGGACGAUUCUAACAUGGCGCGUCCUAGCGAUAUUUUCACUGCUUCCUUGCGCUGUCAUGCUUAUUGGCCUUUUUCUCAUUCCAGAAUCUCCUAGAUGGCUGGCCAAAAUCGGAAAACAAAAAGAGUUUGAAGUGGCACUGCGGAAGUUAAGGGGCAAGGAAGCUGAUAUUUCUGGUGAAGCAGACGAAAUUCAAGAUUAUCUGGAAACGCUUCAAAAGUUGCCGCAGGCCAAAAUGUUGGAUUUGUUUCAGAAAAGAUAUUUGCGCUCAGUCACCAUUGGAGUAGGACUGAUGGUGUGUCAAAAGUUUGGAGGAUUGCCUGGCAUUCUUUUUUAUCAAAGCCAGAUUUUUGUGUCCGUAGGAUUUCCACCAGACAUUGGAACAAAUGCUGGUGCUGCUCUCCAGAUCGUGUUAACCGCUCUGAGUGCAGUCUUAAUAGACAGAGCUGGAAGAAGAAUACUUCUACUGGUCUCAACAGCAGGACUGGUUCUAGGUUGCAUCCUGUGUGCUGCUGCAUUCUUUCUGAAGGAGCAUGAAUUGCUGCUCGAUGCAGUACCAGCAUUCAUUCUGACAGGAAUCCUGGUGUACAUUGGAUUUUUCUCUAUAGGAUUGGGUGCAAUACCAUGGGUUGUAAUGUCCGAGAUUUUUCCAUUGAACAUAAAGGGAUCGGCUGGGAGUCUUGCAAUAUGGAUGAACUGGUUCGGCUCAUGGGUGACUUCCUAUACAUUCAAUUAUCUUAUGAGCUGGAGCUCUUACGGCACAUUUAUCUUGUAUGCUGUGAUAAAUGGACUAGCAAUAGUAUUUAUCGCCAUUUUAGUACCCGAAACAAAGGGAAGAACUUUGGAAGAAAUUCAAGCAGCCAUCAACAAGUGAUCUUGGAAGAAAUUCAAAUGCAAAAGGCAGUUGAUGUUGGAUUCAAGUUACCAAUAGCCUAUAUUUUUGUCCGAAACAAAGAGAUUAAUUAUGUAAUUAUCAAAAUUUCGAAAAAACGAAAACACAUUGUUGAUCGUCACGCAAUUUGUUUCAUAUAUAUGUACAACAGUAUACCUUAUUUUCUAGUAGAACGGAAUCAUAUUACUGAAACUUGAUUACAAGUUUCAUACAUAAAUAAAAGUCUCAUUACAA